AUGGUCUACACUAUCGUCGUCCACCUCCGCGCUAAGCCCGACGAGGAGAGCAUCUCCAAGCUCCACGCCAAGCUCAUCGAAGCCUCGGCCGUCUACUCCAAGGACAAGGAGACCCUGUCCUGGUUCGUCAUGCAGAGCGUCCACGACAAGCAGGACUUCUGCAUCGUCGAGCGCUACCUCAACGAGGGCUCCCAGAAGUACCACCUCGAGAACCCCUACUGGAAGACCUUCGACCCCUACGUCAUCCCUCUCUUGGAGAAGCCCAUGGACCUCAGACGCUUUGAGGAGAUGGAGGAGAAGAAGGAGUAA